CGCUGCCGCCGCCGCCGCAGUCCGCAGCGUCCCGGGGACAGGAAACCUUCACGGCCCCGCCGCCGCCGCCGCCGCCUCCGGGUCCGCGCCCGGCUCCGCGCGCCCGCCCGCAGCCUCCUCCGGGCCUCCGGCGUCCUCGGGGCGGCACUGCGGGGAUUCAGCCCGAGCCGCAGGCUUCCCGCCGGCCGAAGCUGUGACCCCCCCCGCAGGAGCGGCUGGGCGGGGCGGGGGGGCCGGGAGAAGAUGGCGACGCCGGGAAGCGAACCCCAACCUUUCGGCCCCGCGCUCUCCGUGACGGCCCUGCACCCGCAUCACCACCCACCCCACCACCACCACCAUCACCACCCCGGGGGGACCGCAGCCGGCGGAGGGGCGGGUGGCGGCGGCGGCGGGGGCUUCAACCUGCCCUUGAACCGGGGCCUGGAGCGCGCGCUGGAGGAGGCGGCCAGCUCCGGGGGGCUGAACCUGAGCGCCAGGAAGCUGAAGGAGUUCCCCAGGACCGCGGCCCCCGGGCACGACCUCUCGGACACGGUGCAGGCAGAUUUGUCUAAAAACAGACUGGUUGAAGUUCCAAUGGAAUUGUGCCAUUUUGUAUCACUGGAAAUUCUUAAUCUGUAUCAUAAUUGUAUCAGAGUCAUUCCUGAGGCGAUCAUUAAUCUGCAGAUGCUGACCUACUUAAACUUGAGUCGAAAUCAGCUGUCUUCCCUACCUGCCUGCCUGUGUGGUCUGCCUCUCAAAGUCUUAAUCGCAAGUAACAACAAGCUUGGAUCCCUCCCAGAAGAGAUAGGGCAGCUCAAACAGUUAAUGGAAUUGGAUGUCAGCUGCAACGAGAUCACAGCGUUGCCCCAGCAGAUAGGCCAGUUAAAGUCUCUCCGAGAACUGAACGUCAGGAGAAAUUACCUCAAAGUUUUACCACCAGAAUUAGUAGAUCUUCCCUUGGUGAAGUUUGACUUUUCCUGCAACAAAGUGCUGGUGAUCCCGAUCUGUUUUAGAGAGAUGAAGCAGCUGCAAGUGCUCCUGCUUGAAAAUAACCCGCUGCAGUCUCCUCCAGCCCAGAUCUGCACGAAGGGCAAAGUGCACAUAUUUAAGUAUCUGAGCAUACAGGCAUGCCAGAUCAAGACCUCUGACUCGCUGUACCUCCACGCCAUGGAGAGGCCACAUCUGCACCAGCAAGUGGAAGACAGCAAGAAGGAUUCUGACUCAGGAGUUGGGAGUGAUAAUGGAGAUAAGCGAUUGUCUGCCACUGAGCCUUCUGAUGAAGAUGCAGUCAGCCUGAACGUGCCCAUGUCGAACAUCAUGGAAGAAGAGCAGACCGUCCAGGAGGAUGUGUGCCGUCGCCUCACCCCAGCUGCAGGGGAAUUUCAUCAGGAAUUUCAGCCAGAGCCUUCUCUUUUGGGUGACAGCAACAACUCAGAACAAGAACGAGACCAGUUGGCAGAUGGAGCAGAUGUUCUCCACUCAGGAUUUAUGAGCUAUAUUAAGGACAGGGAAGAAGACUGUGAAGAGCUCUUACGGAUAGAAGAGGAUGCGCAUUGGCAGAACGAGGGAAUAAUAAGUUCAUCCAAAGAUCAGGACGUGGAUAUAGCAAUGAUUGAGCAGCUGAGAGAAGCAGUAGAUUUGCUGCAAGACCCCAAUGGAUUAAGCACAGAUAUUACAGAAAGAAGUAUUUUAAAUCUGUAUCCUAUGGGAACUGCAGAAGACUUAGAAUUACCAGAUUCUGCAUUAAAUGGUCAAAUAGAGCUGGAGACACCGGCAGUGUGUGAGGUGCAAAAUGACCUAACAUUGCAGAGUAAUGGAAGCCAGUACUCUCCAGAUGAGAUGAGAGAGAACUCCCCCACCAUGUUUCCUACCAUUAACAGUACAGCUCCAUUUGGCCUGAAGCCUCGAUCAGACCCAGCCCUCAUUCUCCCUCCUAUCUCCUUCAACAAACUUACACAGGCACAAACAUGGGACAACUCUAGCUACAGUGUUCCAUCUGAAGGAGACAGUGACAAUGUGUUUCAAAGACCUCAAAGAAACCUGGAGUCUAUAGAUCCGCAGUUCACUAUUCGGAGAAAGAUGGAGCAGUUACGAGAAGAAAAAGAGCUCGUGGAACAACUCCGUGAGAGCAUUGAAAUGAGACUGAAAGUCACUCUUCACGAAGACCUGGGGGCGGCGCUCAUGGAUGGCGUUGUGCUCUGCCACCUGGUCAAUCACAUCCGCCCGCGGUCUGUUGCCAGCAUCCACGUGCCCUCCCCGGCAGUUCCCAAACUUAGCAUGGCUAAAUGCAGAAGAAAUGUGGAAAACUUUUUAGAAGCAUGCCGAAAACUAGGAGUACCAGAGGAAAAACUAUGUCUACCCCAUCACAUCCUUGAAGAAAAAGGCCUGGUCAAAGUGGGUAUUACCGUCCAAGCAUUACUUGAUGUCACUGUCACAAAGACUCUGUUCACAUGAGAACGAGACUCCUCUGGUCAGCUCAGACUCUUCUCCCAUCAGGGAUGCUGGACUCUGCUCCUGGGACCUGUUCCACCUUCUCCCCCACUGGUUGCCUGUCAGUUCCCCCGUUCUAUUGCAUGGCUGAGGUUUCCAGUCUGAGGGAGGACCUUCUACCUUUCAGAGCUGACCUCCAGCUUAAAGGCGUGACAGGUAUUUCCCUGGGAGCCAGUGAGGAGCUGGUGGAGAGCUAAGCAGCACAUCAUUGCCUUUUCAACCUCCAUCAUCCCUUCCACGCUCACCGACUGCCAUUAGCAAAAUGCCAAGCACAACUGUUUUGCAGCAAGAUGCAUCUGUUUAUUAGAACCAAACUCAUUGUGGAUUUAGUGGGGGAGGGGGUACAAUCAGGUUUUUCACCACCAAAUUUUUCAAGAAGUUUCUUGAGACCAUUGCCUUUUAAAAACUAUUUUCGACAUACAAAAUAUUUAUAUAAAUAUUAUUUAUUAGUGAGUUGUUAUUCAUCCUUUGGAUGCAAAUUGUAAAUUAGGAAACUAUUUUAUUACUGCUUUUUUGUGGUUAAACACUUUAUUUUAUUAUAAAUAUUGAGUUAUUUUCUAUCCUCUUUGCUGUGCAGUAGUUCUGGGUCUCAGUAAUCAUGUUUCCUGGUGUAUAUGAUUCAGAAAAAAAAAAAAAGAACAGGUGCUUCUGUGACAAAGAACUGCUUUCUGGGGCGGCAUUAUUCACACUUUGGUUGGUGGAACAUCGGUCUUAUUUAUAUUUCUGCAUUCCAUCCAGUGUCCUACAUUCCAGCAGCCCUGUUGGCCUCCAGUGUAAUGAACUGACUUGAAGUCAAGAAAGCACCCCAAAGUUAUUUGUACAUAGAGGUGAUGGGAAAAAAGAAAUUAAACUUGAAGAUAAAAUGUGAACAGUUAUUUUUUGGAUUCAUACUUCUUUUGCUAUGCACAAAACAUUCAUAUUUUAACACAAAGAAGUAAUAAGUGUUAGCAUUGUGUGUCUUGAAGUAUAAUUUUGCACUGUAACUUGGAUAACUAAAGAGAAUCUAGCACCAAAGGUAGAUAAUGAGAAAAUGGUAUAGGAAAGUGGAGAUGAUUAAAAGCUUAUUUUCAAACCAAAAAUAUUUUUAAAGGAAGCUUCAACUGAGUGAUCAAAAAUUAUUUCAUGCACAUAGGACCUGGAGGAGGAAAUCAGCGCUUCUUACAACUGCCAGUUUUAAAAAGAAGAAAUGAUUCUGGGAUGUAGGUGCACUUGUUCUAUUAUAAGUCAGUUGAGUUUUCAGAGUACUUGGUAAAAUCCUGCAAGGCUCCCAGUCUCGUUGUGAAACCUCAGAGCGAGUGGGUCAUCAGCUGGGGGCAGCUCCGUGCACCAGCGGGCCAUGCAGGUUCAGUAAGUGGAAGGGAUGAGGCUGAGCAGGGAGGCAAGUGACAGACAGAAGGCAGGGACAGAGAGGAGCCAGGGAGGAAAGGAGCCUUCUUCCAUAGUCAGAGUCACAGAAAGUGUCACAUCACAGGACAGCCUCUGUCAGGCAGGUUCACAUGUGUGUACUCACGUUGCAAUUAUGCUGAGCCCAAAAUUAGUCUUCAAAGUCCUGCGAAUGUUGACCGCACUUUCAUCUCUGAAAAGCCAUUACAAGUUUCUAGAACAGCAGUAGGCACAAUUUGCAAAUGUAAAAGUGAGUCUGGAAGACAUCAGGAGAACUUGCGUAGAUGACAGACCUUCGUCAAGGGGCGCCAGGACUGCCUCGGCUUAGGAAGACGGGGGCUCCAGAGUGUGGACAUUUAGAUUGGCAGCUAACAUUUAUUUCCUAUCAAAUGUACUGUGCACUUUAGCCUAACUUAAAAAUAUAUUAUAAUAUUUCCUGUACUGCACAAAUACCUGUGUUGUCAAAUAACAUAAUGAUGCAAAGGUGAAAGGCUUUUUGGACAAAGAGCAUACACAAUUUAAACAACAUCCAAAGGUUGAUUAUGUAAACAGGAAUUUAGGCUGCUGCACCUCCACGGGAUUCCGAGUGCAGUGUCCUGAAAUAUUUUUUUACAUGUAUAUGUGGCAACAUGAAGCUCUGUAAUCAUUGUGUUCAGAGAUUCUUUUUCCAAAAUUGAAAUAUUUCUUUUGAUACUAAUUUUCAGUAUUUUCUGGAAGUUGGCUGUAUAAAACAAAUAGCUUCAGUAUUUUGUAAAAUGGCUUUUUUUCUUUUAAAUGCAAUUCUUGUAUGGCUAAUAUGUCUUCAAGAUCCUUGUACACUGUGUAUAUGUGCAAUAAAAUGUGCAUGGCCAGCUGACAGUACCAUAAAAAGAGUGUGUACAGUGCAGAAUCUGACCUUUUAUUAUUUAAUAGCCAUUAAAACUUUGACUUUGUAUAAACCAGCUUCUGAUUGACUUACCCAUGUGGUAUGAAGGUAGAUGCUUCACACCCAGGCACACACACACACACACACACACACACACACACCACCACCACCACCACCACCACCACCAUAAGGAGUCGUUGAAACAUUAUAGUGAUUGUUUUGUGAAUAUGUAUAUGUUAUAAAUAAUUUGUGUAUCUAUGUAUAUAAAACCUGUACAGAGAAUAUGUGUAACUAUCAGAAUUAAUGCAAAUAUAUAGUACAGUAGCUCCCCUUUUCCAAGGGCUCAUUUUUCAUUAUUUCAGUUACUCAUCCAAAAACAUUAAUAUUUGUCGUCAUUCUUUGGAGAGAGAGACCAUAUUCACAUAACUGUCAUCAUAGUAUAUUGAUGGCAUUGUUCUAUUUUAUUGUUUAUUGUCAGUCUCUUCUUGUACCUAAUUUAUAAAUAAAACUUCUCAUACA